UUCGAUUAAACUAAAAUUAAUAAACGCAUGCAAGUUAAAUGAAAAUCAUGCAGUCGUAACAAGCAUUCGAUGCUGAAAAUAUCACGAUGUCGGCCAGAUGGAAUAUGUUUUGGCUAUUGCUGCCAAUUCUGCUAACAAUAAAACUAAAUAGCGGGAUCGUCUUCAAGAUGACGAACGCCGUUUGCGAGAGCCACAAUAAAUCCUGGGUGCUAAUCGACACCUGUCGACUUCGAGCCUUGCAGCGCAACAAAACCGUCCUGAAUGUGUUCCUAACAUUGCUGCAUCCAUCGAAUUCUGUCAGAAUCGAAUAUCAAGUUAACAAAAGAGCCAACGGCUACAAACCUUGGAUAGUUAAUGGAGAAUUUGAUGUUUGUAAACACUUGCGAAGACCAAAAGAUAAAUUUGCCGACCUACUCUUCGCUCUAAUCGGCGAAUUUACAUCAAUUAAUCAUCCCUGUCCAUAUAACGUGAGUAAUAUUUUACCUUUACAAUGUAUAAAAAUAUAAUAAUUUCUGUUUUGUAGGGAA